AUGAUUGACUCACAAAUAAGAGUUGAAGUUGCAAGAAAUAGGACAAUGUUAGAAAGUUUUAUAAGGUGUGCCAUAUAUUGUGCUUUGCAAGAUAUUGGUUUGCGAGGAUAUUCUGAGACAACUGAAAUCUCUGAAAUUGUGAAUAAUGAUAUUGAACAGAAAACAAAGGAAAUUUUUUAGAGCUUGUAAAGUUAUUAUUUAUUGAAAGUCAAACAUUUUGUUCAGCUUAUGAAGCAUUACCAAAGAAUUCAAAAUACACUAGUAAAAUAAUUCAAAAUGAUAUGAUAAGUGCAGCUUCCACAAUGAUUGCUCAGUCUAUAUUAAAAGAAGUACAAGAAGGUAGUUAAAUAUUCAGCUUAAUUGUUGACGAAGCCAGAGACAAUGCAAAAUUAGAGCAAAUGAGUAUUUGUAUUUGGUAUGUACAUAAUUCAGUGAUAAAAGAAAGGUUUUUAGGAUUUGUUGAACUCAAAGAUUUAAAUGCUAAUGUCCUAAGCUGUAAUAUUAAAUUAUUUUUGAAUAAUUUUGGACUAGAUUUGAGUAACUGUGUAAGUCAGUCUUAUAAUGGAGCAUCAGUUAUGUCUGGUCAGUUCAACGGAGUUCAAAAAAAAUUAAAGAUAUGUCAGGAAAUUGAAUUUAGUUUUAGUUUAUGUUUCAAGAAAGGUAGAACAAGUACAUAAUACUAUAGGUCUCUUGGAAGCAGUAUAUGAAUUUCAGUCAUCAUCAACACUAAGGUAUCAAGUAUUUUUUGAUAAAACUGGGUCGAAAGUCCCUAUGCACUGUGACACACAUUGGGUAUCAAAAUUUAAAAGUAAUUGUUACUUUAAAAACAACUUUACAUUAGUAUUAACAGCAUUAAAAGAGUGUACUGAAAGUUCAGAAUCUAAGGAAGCUGCUGAAGCUAAAGAAUUACUAAUUCAAAUGAAUUCUUUAAAAACUAUUGUGUUACUUUUUUGUUUGGAUUAUAUUUUGUCUUUAGUAAAUAUUCUAUCAUUAAACUUAUAGACAACAACACUUGACUAUAGCCAUUGUGCAAAAUUGAUCAAAUCCAUUAUGGAACAAUUGAUCAAUUUAAGGUCAGAAAAAAUAUUCAUCAAUAUUUACGAUGAAGCUGUAAGUGUAUUUCAGACUUCGAAUGUUGAAUCUAACAAUACACUACAUCCAACAAGAGAACAGAGAAUUUCAUCAACACUGGAUAACUAUUUAACUUAUUCAACACUUGGUGCUAGUACUAGUAGAAAAGAAAAACAAAACAUGUCCUUUAAGAUAUAG